AUGAAGUAUCUGUUAGUACAGUAUUUAAAUCUUCAAGUUUAUAUAGUGAUUAUAAAAUAUAUUAAAUAUUCGAUCCCAUCAUUAAUAAAUUAAGAUGUGGAUUCCAAUGGGGCAAAUUACUUCAAUCACCAAAAACCUCAAAGGAAAAAACUGAUAAAUAUCAUCCAUCUCCUCAGGACUAAGCUAUAAAUAUUAUCAGAAAAUUGUACAAAUUUAAGAUAAAAAUAAAGAAUAUCCUGUUAUAAUUCAUUAUAAAUAUAUAUUACUCAAUAUAAUAUAUUAAAGAAAGGCUUCAACAAUCUUUGAAGGUCUAAAACUACUAUUAUUAAAGCGAUGUGAUAAUAGUACUAAAAUACUAUCGUACAUGUCAUGAGAUUAAAUUUAAUUGUAUUUUAAAGCUUAUUUUGAGAAUCAAUAUGAGGAGAAAAAUCAAAGUGGAAAAAUAACUCAGGACCCUUCACAUUGCAUAAUUAGAUUGAUUGAACAUGGAGUUUUCAUAAAUAAAUAUAAUAGUAAGUCUUACAUAAAACUGGCCCCAACUAAAAUUUUUAGUUCUAAUUUUGGAAAUCAAAGUUUUCAUUAGAAUGAAUAAUUUUAAUAACUUUAAACACUUUAUAUUUUUUAAUAUUUUAAAUUGAUGCAAAUUACAAUUAUUACAUUCUGCUAACUACAUCCAUGCAAAUUUAAACAUGUAAAGUUUUAAAAGGCUUGGAAAAUUUGAAGACAAUUUCCAUGGGCAACCUUAACAAUUCUAUUUUUUUCAAACCAAACUCUAAGAUACUAUAAAAAUGUUAACAUUUAAAUAAAUACUCAAGUGUAGAACAGCAUUUUGAAUAUGUAAAAAAAUUACUAAAUAAAAUUAUUAGAAGUUUAUCCUAAAGAUGAUUUAGAAAGUUUAUUUUACAUUCUAAUCUAACUAUUAAGCAAAGGAGAAUUCUUCAAUUAAUCAAAAAAAUACAAAACAAGAGUAGAAAAUUAUAGUGGUAUUUUUCGGUUAAACAUUCAUUUUUACCUGAAAAAGUCCUAAAGUAAAUUUCUUAAAUCCUUUUGAUUUGCCUAUUAAUUAUGAUAGUUUGAGAGCUGUUUUUAAAGGAUGUAAGAAUUUGAAUUUGGGGAAUUAAUUUAGUCUAAAAAUAGUUUUCUUUAAUAAAUGGAUAAAAAAGUAAAGUGGAAAUUCAUCUCAAAAAUUAGAAAUGUAAAAUGAAGAUUGA